UACAACUUCUUUUAAUUUUAUUAGGAGAUAUUCCUUUCAAAAAACAUCUUCCAAGAUGUCCCAAAAAAACCAAUUUGCUUAUCGGUCUUCUAAGACCAUUGGACUCGUGAAUACCAACGAAAACUAUACUAAGCCAGCAGAAUUCGAGGAAGCUAAUGAGCCGGCUCGUGUUUCUUGCUACAGUCCUAAUGGAAAAUUUUUCGCUUACGCUAGUGGAAGUGUUGUUGUUAUUGUUGACGCUGAAUCGGGAAAGACAUUGAGAGUUUUACCAGCAGGAAACAUAUAUGAACUUGGAUUUUCUCCUCUAGGAAACUUCUUAGGUACAUGGGAGCGUCCCGGUAAAGAAGCUGAUGGAAAUCCCAAGCAGAAUAUGAAGGUUUGGAACACUAACACUGGUGACUUGAUCUUCAGCUUUGUUCAACGUAAUCAGACUGGUUGGAACUUGCAAUACACUGUCGAUGAAAAGCUCGCAGCUCGUUUAGUAACCAAUGAAAUUCAUUUCUAUGAGACGGCCAAUUUGGGAAAGCCUCCUGUUUUCAAACUACGAGUUGAAGGAUUGAGUGACUUUGCCUUAUCUCCUGGCCGGAAUCACGUCGUUGCUGUAUUUGUUCCAGAAAGAAAAGGGGCUCCAGCUUCCGUGCGUACGUACAGCAUUCCUAACUUUACUAGACCUCUUUCCCAAAAGACAUUCUUCAAGGCGGACAAGGUACAAUUCAAAUGGAAUGCUUUGGGUACUUCCCUAUUGGUUUUGACACAGACGGAUGUUGAUAAAUCAAACAAAAACUACUACGGUGAAACAAACCUGUACCUGUUGGGAAUUACUGGUCAAUUUGACUGCCGUGUUGAUUUGGAUCGCGAAGGUCCUAUUCACGAUGUUGCUUGGAACUCAAACUCCAAGGAGUUCGGUAUUGUUUAUGGGUACAUGCCUGCGAAAACUUCGAUUUUUGACAGCCGUGCUAACGUUAUCCACAACUUUCCCCUUGCUCCUCGAAAUACCCUUUUAUUUUCGCCAAAUUCAAGGUAUAUCAUGUUGGCCGGUUUUGGAAAUCUCCAGGGAAGCAUUGAUGUUUUCGACCGCCUCAACCAUAUGAAGAAAAUUGCGACCGUCGAAGCCUCUAAUUGUACUUUCUGCGAAUUUAGCCCCGACAGUCAAUUCCUGUUGACGGCUGUCACUUCUCCUAGACUUCGAGUUGACAAUAGCAUUAAAAUUUGGCACAUUACAGGAGCACCCAUGUUCUAUGAGGAGUCUGUAGAACUUUAUCAGGCAUUUUGGCGGCCUAGUCUUUUGAACGUUGCUUUGAUGGAGGAGGAUUCCCAGAGUUUCUCUAGCUUACCUUCUGCUCCGAAGGCUCACGAGUCUGCUAGCAAGUUGGCUGCCAAACCUACCGUUAAGCCUACCGGUGCUUAUCGCCCUCCAGGUGCUAGAGGUCAAGCUUCUACAUUCUCUUAUCGACGUGAGGAGCUCGACGUUUUGAGCAGCAACAGUACUUCCAAAUCUCAAGCCACUCCUCGUCAGCGUGUCGUACCUGGUGCCGCUCCAGUCGUUGAUAAAAAUAACAAAAAGAACAAAACUAAUGGUCAAAAAGUUGCUCCCGAACCUCCUACUGAAGUGAGCGAUGAAAAGAAAAUCCGUUCUCUCUGCAAAAAGUUGCGUGCUAUCGAUGAUCUUAAAGCACGCCUGGAAAAGAAUGAAAAGCUGGAGGCUACUCAGGUUAAGAAAGUAGAGUCUGAAGGAAAGGUCUUGGAAGAACUGAAGGCACUUGGUUGGAAUUCUAAUGCUUAAAGGGGUUGAAAACACUUUUGUUUUAAGCAAUGUAGAUCUUAAGUUUUUACCUUCUCAAAGAAUUAGCUUUUUCUUGUCUUUCUUUUCGUUGUUAAAAAGUCAAAGUAAAAAAUAAAAGAUAUAGACGACGAACCACUUGGUAUUGAGGUCUAUUCGGACGGAUAUGGGUUGGAUUCCUUGCACGACCCUGUUAUAAUGUAUGUUUACCCAAGUACCAACCUACGCUAUAACUGUGAUCACCUCGUUAGUUUUUUUCUAAUGAUUUUUUAUUACUUGCUCUCUUAAAAUCUUUUUUGGUUUCCACCUGAUUUACGCUCAAAUGUUAUGAUAUUUUAGCGUUUACUAAAAGAAAAUUGGAGCUGGCUUUCACUUUUUUCAGAGGAAGCUUUGAAACUUCUCUUUCCAUGAUGUUUUUUUAUUGUUUUCGUUUCUUGUCUCCGUUUCCUGUUUUAAAUGCAACUGUCCUUUAGCUUGAAGGCCGCUGAACUGGAAACCACUGACGAAACUAACUAAUACCGAUUAGCCAUAACAAAAAUAGGAAUAAGCAAAGGAUACCUCCUUUAUCAUCAUUUAAAACUUCAGUUGUAGUACAAACUUUUAAUAAUUCAUUUCUGUCUAUA